ACAGAAGCUCCCUUUUUCAGUAGAGGUCCGAUUCCCAAUCCCUCAGAAAAGAAAAAGGCAAAGCAUAGAGAAGAGAUUGAUAGAGAGAUAAAGAGAGAGAGAGAAACUCCAUGUUCGAGCAUACUCUAUUGUCUCUUCUUCUUCUCCCAUCGCUUCUAUCUCUUCUCCUCUUCUUGAUCCUCUUGAAGAGAAGAAGUCGACACAGAUUCAAUCUCCCUCCGGGAAAAUCCGGUUGGCCAUUUAUAGGAGAGACCAUCGGUUAUCUCAAACCGUACACCGCUACAACUCUCGGUGACUUCAUGCAACAACAUAUCUCCAAGUAUGGGAAGAUAUACAGAUCGAAUUUGUUUGGAGAACCAACGAUUGUAUCAGCUGAUGCAGGGCUCAACAGAUUCAUAUUACAAAACGAAGGAAGACUAUUUGAAUGUAGUUAUCCUCGAAGUAUCGGUGGGAUUCUUGGGAAAUGGUCGAUGCUUGUUCUUGUUGGAGACAUGCAUAGAGAUAUGAGAAGUAUAUCGCUCAACUUUCUAAGUCACGCUCGUCUCAAAACGAUUCUUCUUAAAGACGUUGAGAGGCACACUUUGUUCGUUCUUGAUUCUUGGCAACAACAGUCUGUUUUCUCUGCUCAAGAUGAAGCCAAAAAGUUUACGUUUAAUCUAAUGGCGAAGCAUAUAAUGAGUAUGGAUCCUGGAGAAGAAGAGACAGAGCAGUUAAAGAAGGAGUAUGUGACUUUCAUGAAAGGUGUUGUCUCUGCUCCUCUCAAUCUCCCAGGAACUGCUUAUCGUAAAGCUCUUCAGUCACGAGCGACAAUACUGAAGUUUAUUGAGAGGAAAAUGGAAGAGAGAAAAUCAGAGAUUAAAGAAGAAGAUGAAGCAGAGGAUGAAGCAGAGAUUAGUCGGAGUGACCAUCAUUAUGAGAGAAAACAUAGAACAGAUGAUGAUCUUUUGGGAUGGGUUUUAAAACAUUCGAAUCUAUCAACGGAGCAGAUUCUCGAUCUUAUUCUCAGUUUAUUAUUUGCUGGACAUGAGACUUCCUCCGUCGCCAUUGCUUUAGCUAUCUACUUCUUGCAAGCUUGUCCUAAAGCCGUUCAAGAACUUAGGGAAGAGCAUCUUGAGAUCGCGAUGGCCAAGAAGGAGCUUGGAGAGUCAGAAUUGAAUUGGGAUGAUUACAAGAAAAUGGACUUUACUCAGUGUGUAAUAAAUGAAACUCUUCGACUAGGAAAUGUAGUAAGGUUUCUGCAUCGUAAAGCACUCAAAGACGUUCGGUAUAAAGGAUACGAUAUCCCGAGUGGGUGGAAAGUGUUACCAGUGAUCUCAGCCGUACAUUUGGAUAAUUCUCGUUACGACGAGCCUAAUCUCUUUAAUCCUUGGAGAUGGCAACAGCAAAACAACGGAGCGUGCGGGUCGUCUUCGUCAGGAUCUGGUAGUUUUUCAACGUGGGGGAACAACUUCAUGCCGUUUGGAGGAGGGCCAAGGCUGUGUGCUGGUUCGGAGUUAGCGAAGCUAGAAAUGGCAGUGUUUAUUCAUCAUCUUGUUCUUAAUUUUAAUUGGGAAUUAGCAGAAGAUGAUCAACCAUUUACUUUUCCUUUCGUUGAUUUUCCUAACGGUUUGCCUAUUAGGGUUUCUCGUAUUUUGUAAAAAAAUAUUAAAUAUUUCAUUUUAUUAUCUUCUUUUUAUAUAUUUUAAAUCAUUUUUUUGCCCGAUGGAAAAUCUUUUUGGAAAAAUAAUAUAAGUUGGGUUGG